AUGGCGUUCAGUGUGUUGAUUGUGGGCGGCAGCGUUGCCGGUUUGGCGCUGGCCAACAUGCUCGAGAAAUAUGGCAUUGAAUAUACUUUAAUUGAGAAACAUGAUAUUAUUGCGCCCCAACUCGGGGCAAGCUUCACAACGCUACCCCAAGCCGCUCGUAUUAUCGAUCAAUUAGGCUGUUUCGAAAAAGUCAGGGCACUGGGUACGCCAGUCAACGAUGGAGGGUUAUAUGGACCAGACGGAAAUGUUUUGAACAUCGAUCCAAAUGCUGGAGAUAAUUUGGAAGCCUUACUUGGAUACAAGAUGUGGGCCUUGGAGCGACGACAGCUUGUUGAUAUUCUCUACCAGAACUUGGCCGAUAAAUCCAGGGUUUACACAUCUUGCGGUGCAGUGAAAGUGGAAUACCUGGAGCACGGCGCAAGGGUCGAGACACAAAAUGGACGCGUUUUCACUGGAAGUAUUGUGGUGGGAGCGGAUGGUGUCCAUAGCCAGAUUAGACAGGAGAUGUGGAACGCUGCCGUUGAAGGAGUUGAAAGCAUCCAGGUAAAAAAGGAUCAGGAAGCAAUCAGAAGUACCUACAGUUGCAUAUUUGGUAUCUCCGAGGGUCUUCAGCAGUCAGACACCACGAGCACCUCCAGAACUUGCUACCGAGAUCGGAACUACCUGUAUCAGCGAAGCGUUCAAGGAAAGAUAUAUUGGUCCGCAUUUUUCAAGAACGCCAAAAAGACCCAAGGUCGUGAUAUUCCGCGAUACACAGACGAGGACAAAGAAAAGGCUAUUGCCCGAUUUGGAGACGACGUCCUACAGCCCGGAAUAACGUUGAGAGAUCUCUAUAAACACCGGAAACAUGCAGUGCUGGUCCCAUUGGAAGAGUGUGUAAUGGGUAAAUGCUAUCACCGAAGGACCAUCCUUAUUGGUGAUUCCUUGCACAAGGUCCACCCGCUAAGCGGACAAGGCGGCGCCUCUGCCCUCGAAUCCGCGGCAUAUCUUGCAAACCAGCUAAAGGAAUUGACCGGCAAUGGUAAAGUUCCCACCGAUGAGCAGAUCCAAGCUGCAUUCGCCGAUUUUGAGCAGAAUCGAGGAUCUAGGACCAAAGGUCUAAUGAAUGACGGUCACACUCUAGCGCGUUUAGAAUCUCUAGACAAUGUGUUUCUGAAGUUUCUCAUGCUCCAUCUCAUCAGUAGGAUUUCCCAGGGCUACCUCCAAUCUAUGCUUGCAGAAGCGUGCACGCCCGGAGUGUCUUUGAAGUACUUGCCAUUAGCAUCCAAGCGAGGCAUAGUUCCAUACGAAGACGAGGUUGACAUUUGGCCUCAAAAGCGAGAAGUGUACUCGACUGUCAUCUGGACUUCAAUAUUCACACUGAUUGGACUAGUUCAAUUGGUUCCAUUCUGGGAUGCCCCGGCUGUUUACAGGGUGUUGGUCAGCCAAGCCAGUUCAGAGGAAAAUCGGCCAUGGAAUACAGAGCAUCAGAGUGGGAAUUCUUCGUCACCUUUGCAAAUGUACACCGCUAUCUCAGUAAUAGCAAUUAACGCAUUCUGGUGUCUUGAAUCAUACCGCAGCCAACUCUUGAUGGGACCACUUUGCAGGUGA